CAUUGCUGAAGCAAAGCAAAGGAAUGGCUUGCGAUUACAAUCCCAAUUGCAUAUGAAGAUUCUCUAAGCAGAAGAUUUACAGGUUGUUACAUUGCGAUCAGCUUUGUAUUGAAAUACACUGAUUGAAGUUUUAUCAGGGGAGAUCGAUGGAAGAAGACUUGCCAGGUUCAAUUGGGAUAAGCGUAAGUUUAGCACUAAGAUUGGGACAAGCCCUCUUCUCUGUUGCUUCUCUCCUUUUCAUGUGCGUCGGAGUUCAAUUUUACGCUUACACUUCUUUCUGCUUCUUGGUGACCAUCAAAGGCUUAGUUAUUCCAUGGAGCUUGACAUUGGCAAUGGUGGAUGCAUUCUCUAUGUUUGUAAAACGCCAAUCUCGCCAAUUCCAAAUAGUGUCGGUUAUAGUUAUAGGAGAUUGGAUUCUUUCGUUCCUAUCUCUAGCAGCGGCAUGCUCUACAGCGAGUGUAUCAGAUUUCAUGGUUACAGAAGCCGGUGCCUCGUUUUGUGACGGAAAAUUGUGCAGCAGAUAUCAAAUAUCGGCUGCCAUGGCCUGCUUAUCUUGGUCCUUGUCUCUAGCCUCAGCUCUUUUUAAUCUUUGGCUUCUUCCUUCUUUAUAUUCUAAUUUCUAGCAAUCUUUUUGUCAUCAUAGACUCAACAAAGAGUUGCAUAUAGUAAAAAGGUAGCUUAAAGUUCCAUCUUUCAAAGAAUUUAGUGUUCA